AUGAGGUUCAGCGACAAAGCUGACCUCCCCCUCCUCCAGCCGCGUGCCAGUCAGUUUGAAGUGCAGCCGACUUCAGCAGCGCCAUCGCUGCUACAAUCGACGUGGGAGAGUCUUUGGGCAGAGCGCUACAAGCUGCGCUCCAUUGGCUCAGUGCUUGGCUGGAUCGCGCUUGGCAGCUUGGUGAGCUCAGCGGUUUUGAUGCCAAAGCGGUUCGCCGACCACGCCGAUAGUGGCUCUUCGAUGCACGCGACGAAUGACCAGGUCAGCUUCAUGUUUGCUUGUGCCAAUGCCAGGCAGGCAAACCGUCGGGAUGACGUCACUGAGCUAGCAACGAACAAGGGAACUGGGUGGUUCCUCGGCGGCAACGACCCCGAACACGUUGUAACGUCACUGCCAGCAGUGACCUCAAUCAGCGACCUGCCUACGAAUUGGGACUGGCGCGACUACAAUGGAACAGGCAUUGGCCUCACGACUACUGCGUUGAAUCAAAUGGUUCCCCGGGCAUGUGGCUCUUGCUGGGCUUUCGCUACCAUCAGCGCACUCUCGGACCGCAUCCGCAUUGCCCGCUUCAAGCAAACCGGUAGGCUGGGAUCGGAAGUGCUGCUAUCGCCUCAAGCGCUUUUGGACUGUGGCAUGCAGUCUUUUGGCUCGUGUCAUGGCGGAGACCCGCGGUUCGCACACAAGUGGAUCCACGAGAACGGCAUUGUAGACUGGACGUGCAAUCCGUACAUUGCGUCUCACCCGUCGUGGAUGGGCGGGGGCGAGUGCGCGAUGACGCAGUGCCACACGUGUGACCUAAGCGGGGCGUGCUAUGUGGUGGAAGAUCCCGUCAAGUAUCGUAUUUCCGAGUACGGCACGCUCAACUUCACGACCCCCGAGGAGUUUCAGCUCCAGGCCAUGAACGAGAUUUACCACCGGGGUCCGAUCGUCGCGAGCAUGUACUCGCACUCGACUGAGUAUCGACGGUACAAGGGAGGCUACAUCCUCCGCGAUUCCACGAAAUACAACGGUACAUCGCACGUCGUGAGUAUCGUUGGGUGGGGCACCGACAGCAAGACGGGUGUCAAGUACUGGGUCGUCCGUAACUCCGACGGCACGAACUGGGGCGACGAAGGCUUUUUCCUUGCUGAAAGGGGUGUGAACAUUUACAAUAUGGAGACCCACGGUGCCUGGGCGGUUCCGAUCGUGUAG